CGAGAGUGUUGCAGCUUUCCUGGCCCGCUGCGCAGCCUCUGCCCCGCAGACAUGUCGGGGUUCAGCCCGGAACUUAUCGACUACCUGGAAGGGAAAAUCUCCUUUGAAGAGUUCGAAAGGCGGAGAGAAGAGAGAAAAACCCGGGAGAAGAAAAGUGUUCAGGAAAAAGGAAAAUCAUCACCCAAAGAAAAUCUAGAUGACUCUGAAGUUCCAUCAUCAUCAGGAAUUGAUUCUGCCAAAUCCCAGGACAAAGAUGCCAAUGAAGGAGAAACAUCAGAUGGGGUGAGUAAGUCAGUUCACAAAGUCUUUGCUUCCAUGCUUGGAGAGACUGAAGAUGAUGAAGAGGAGGAAGAAGAGGAGGAGGAGGAGGAAACAUCAGAGCAGCCCACCGCAGGCGAUGUGUUUGUGUUGGAGAUGGUUCUCAACCGUGAAACCAAGAAAAUGAUGAAAGAGAAGAGGCCUCGCAGUAAACUCCCCAGAGCCCUGAGAGGUCUCAUGGGCGAAGCCAACAUUCGCUUUGCUCGAGGAGAACACGAAGAGGCCAUAUUGAUGUGCAUGGAAAUCAUAAGACAAGCUCCUUUGGCUUAUGAGCCAUUCUCUACACUUGCCAUGAUAUAUGAGGAUCAAGGUGACAUGGAGAAAUCGUUGCAGUUUGAGUUGAUUGCUGCACAUUUAAAUCCCAGUGACACAGAAGAAUGGGUUAGGCUGGCAGAAAUGUCUCUGGAACAAGAUAACAUUAAGCAGGCUAUUUUUUGCUAUACAAAAGCUCUUAAAUAUGAACCUACUAAUGUUCGUUACCUGUGGGAGAGAUCAAGUCUUUACGAACAGAUGGGUGAUCAUAAAAUGGCCAUGGAUGGCUAUAGGCGUAUUUUAAAUCUUUUGUCUCCAUCUGAUGGAGAACGUUUUAUGCAGUUGGCUAGAGAUAUGGCAAAGAGUUACUAUGAAGCCAACGACAGCACUUCAGCUAUAAACAUAAUUGAAGAAGCUUUCUCAAAACAUCAAGGCUUAGUCUCCAUGGAAGAUGUUAACAUAGCAGCUGAGUUAUAUAUUUCCAACAAGCAGUAUGACAAAGCUUUGGAGGUAAUUACAGAUUUUUCUGGAAUUAUCCUAGAAAAGGAAACUUUGGAAGAAGGCACCUCAGAAGAGAAUAAAGCUGCUGAGACCGUUACCUGCUCUAUACCUGACAGUGUGCCAAUAGACAUCACGGUGAAGCUGAUGGUCUGCCUGGUACAUCUCAACAUCCUCGAGCCGCUCAAUCCUCUUUUGACAACACUGGUGGAACAGAAUCCUGAAGAUAUGGGUGACCUCUAUCUUGAUGUUGCUGAAGCUUUUCUGGAUGUUGGUGAAUAUAAUUCUGCCCUUCCCCUGCUCAGUGCCCUGGUUUGCUCUGAAAGAUACAACCUUGCAGUGGUUUGGCUUCGGCAUGCAGAAUGUUUAAAGGCCUUGGGCUAUAUGGAACGUGCUGCUGAAAGCUACAGUAAAGUGGUUGAUCUGGCUCCACUCCAUUUGGAUGCAAGAAUUUCACUUUCCAUCCUUCAGCAGCAGCUAGGCCGUCCUGAGAAAGCUCUGGAAGCUCUGGAACCCAUGUAUGACCCAGACACCUUAGCCCAAGACGCGAAUGCUGCACAGCAGGAACUGAAGUUACUGCUCCAUCGUUCUACUCUAUUGUUUUCACAAGGCAAAAUGUACGGCUAUCUGGAUACCUUACUCACCAUGCUCGCCAUGCUCUUAAAGGUUGCGAUGAAUAGAGCCCAAGUUUGUUUGAUAUCCAGUUCCAAAUCUGGAGAAAGACAUCUCUACCUUAUUAAAGUGUCAAGAGAUAAAAUAUCAGAUAACAAUGAGCAAGAAACUUCAAAUUAUGAUGCAAAAGCAAUAUUUGCUGUACUCACAAGUGUCUUGCCAAAAGAUGACUGGUGGAACCUUCUCUUAAAGGCCAUAUAUACCUUGAGUGAUUUGUCCCGAUUCCAAGAAGCUGAAUUGUUGGUAGAUUCUUCCCUAGAAUAUUAUUCAUUUUAUGACGACAGACAAAAACGCAAAGAACUAGAAUACUUUGGUCUUUCUGCUGCAAUUCUGGACAAAAAUUUCAGGAAGGCAUAUGACUAUAUCAGGGUAAUGGUAAUGGAAAAUGUCAAUAAGCCCCAGCUGUGGAAUAUUUUCAAUCAAGUCACCAUGCACUCCCAAGAUGUGAGACAUCAUCGCUUCUGUCUCCGUCUGAUGCUGAAGAACCCAGAGAACCAUGCUCUGUGCGUUUUAAAUGGACACAAUGCGUUUGUAUCUGGGAGUUUCAAGCAUGCGCUUGGACAGUAUGUCCAAGCCUUCCGUGCCUAUCCCAGUGAGCCUCUCUACAAUCUCUGCAUAGGCCUCACCUUUAUUCACAUGGCAUCUCAGAAGUAUGUGCUGAAGAGGCACGCUCUUACUGUGCAGGGCUUUUCCUUCCUUAAUCGAUACCUCAGCAUCCGUGGGCCGUGCCAGGAAUCCUUCUACAAUCUGGGCCGUGGCCUUCAUCAGCUGGGGCUGACGCACCUUGCAAUCCACUAUUACCAGAGGGCUCUGGCACUCCCUCCACUUGUGGUAGAGGGUAUAGAGGUUGACCAAUUAGAUUUACGAAGAGAUAUUGCCUACAACAUGUCUCUCAUUUAUCAGAGCAGUGGGAACACUGCCAUGGCUCAAAAGCUUUUGUAUACCUACUGUGUCAUAUAAGCAAGCAGUGUAACUUAGAAAACGGUGUAUGGACCAGCAUCUUCUAUUGAGACCUCAUUGUUGUUGAUGAUAAAAUGGUACUGACAUCACUGCUUGCUACCAUUACAACUGCUUUGAAGCAGGGAAUGUAGCUCAGCUGCAGACUGCCUGCUUGCUCCAUAUGUACAAGGCCCCAGACUCAAGCCUUUGGAAAAUCGAAACACUGCUUCUAUCUCUGGAAUACAUAUAAAGUUACUGUUCCUAUGAUAAUGUACAUAUUUUUUUUUUUGUUAGCAUUCUACAAUAAAAUUAUUCCUAACACUGAAAUGGACAAUAUUGGCUUCUGAGUCAGUUGGAACUGAACAUACUAUAUUUUUCUACUUAAUAUCUACUAAGCUCCUGUGUUGCAGGUGUUUUGACAGGUGCUGGUAAUAUUGGCGACAGUGUGGCUUGUCCUUCAAGCAUUACAGAACACACUACUGAGGAGUCACCACUGAGGGCAAUGAUUUAUGUAUUGAUUUUCUUGUGUUACAUAUUGAAACCAGGGCCUUGUACUACUAUGCUAAGCAAGUUACAUACCACUGAGCUACAUCCUCAGCCUUCACAGUUUUGUUUGUUUUGCUUUGUUUGUUGAGACAGGGUUUCUCUUUGUAGUCUUGACUAUCCUGGAAUUUACUCUGUAGACCAGGCUGACCUUGACCUCAAGCCUGCCUCUACCUCCCAAGUACUAGGAUUAAAGGUGUGCACCACCACCACCCAGUUGCACAGUUCUUAAAUGUGAACAUGUAUUUCUUUGAACGAGAUAUUUGUUCCAUUUAUAUACCACAUCAUUUCUCAAAGCCAUUACUAUCCCAUAAGGCAAUGUUCAAAUACACAGCAAAGGAAGUUGGACUCUUAUGGUAAUAUAAUUACUUAACAGUCAGCACCUAACAAAAUUAUUUAAGAUGAUUUUAUGGUGGGAAGACAAGUAAUUGACUGAUAUGACAUUCACCUGUGGCUAUGUUAAUUUCAGAGUAUAAGCCUUGGAAUCGGGCUUAAUUCAAGGCCCAAUGUUCCAAAGCAAACAUCCAGUACAUUUGGCUUCCCAGUGGUGAAAAGGGAUGAUCAUGUUCAGUUAUGUGUCAUGCUUUCUGGUACAAGAAAGUUUAGUACUAUCAGGAUAUUAAAGAGGGGGAAGUUGGAUAUAUGGAAUAAAGUGUUGACAGAGUUUAAAGACAUUUUACUUCAUUAUGUGUUCUUGAAUCUCAGAUUGAAAAAAACCAUUUGCUAAAUAGACUGUUUCUUGGAAAAUAAAUGCUAUAAUGUAUGAUUGAUUCUAAGACUGAUCCAGUUGUAUAGGGAAACCAUGUGAGACAGAGGAUCAAAAUACAAUGGAGACUUUACGAAUUUUUCCUACUCUUUAUACUGUAUAUUCAACUUCCCAGUUGAAAAGCAGAAUUUCUAAGUAGUUAGUAAAUGCAUCUUGUAUUCUGUAUGUUUCUCUAUGUAAAUAAAUCCUAGUUUUAUAAUUAAGAUUUUACCUUUUACACUUUUCAUUUCAUGCCAUUAAGCAAUUGUGAUAUAGCUAACUAAUUGUGAUUGAUAAAUUUAGGUCUUGGAAUCCUGUGUGAGCAUUUGUGUGUAGUUUUUCCUGUGGACUAAGUUGAAAAGUGAAGGAAGUAGUAAAGUGGAGGAAAGACAGAUGGGGUCUCUAUGUCAGUAGUUACUGUAGUCGGCAUCUAACAAAAUGAUGUUGGGUGAGCUAGGGCUGCAUGAGUCGACAGAAUCUACCUAAGGUGCAUGGAGUCAAAACCAGAUGUAGACACAAUCUGUAGAGAACUUCAGGGUUUUGCUUGGCUAUAGCACAGUAAGUUCAGAGCAGCUUAGUUACAUCAGUUACCUGUCUUGAAAAAAAUGAAAUAAAGUAGUUAUUGGUAGGAA